AUGAGCGAAAAAGAGGACGAAAAGAAGCCUUCAUCACCAUCGUCGUCGUCAAAAUCCGAAUGCAACGAUGAGAAGGCGUCAACUCAGAUUCCGAAAUUCUCAAUGUCGAAUAUUUUGUCGCCAUUCGAAAAUUUGGCUCGAGUUCAACAACAACUCCUCCGAAUGGCCGCACAGUCAGAAGCCGCCCGUCUACAGUACCCAGCUUCAUCAACAAAUCGUCCAAUUUGUUUCCCAAACGCAUUUCCAAAUAGUUACGCGAUGGCCAACUGGUAUAACGGCUCGGAUCCGAGAUUCGGAGCAACGCCAUCGCCAUUACUUCCAUGCUCGAUCGACCCAACUCGUCCGCCGAUGCACACAUUUCCAAUGGCGUUGAGUCAACGGCGAAAACGUCGUGUUCUGUUCAGUCAGGCUCAAGUCUACGAGCUCGAGCGUCGCUUCAAACAGGCCAAAUAUCUUACGGCACCUGAACGCGAACAAUUGGCCAAUUCGAUACGGCUGACACCAACCCAGGUGAAAAUCUGGUUCCAGAAUCACCGGUACAAGUGUAAACGGCAGGAGAAGGAGAAGGCGAUGAGCGGCCUCUGCCAGACGGAGGGCAGCUCGCCGAGAGCCGACAACGACGACGAGGAUGAAAAAUAUUCGAUCGAGGGCGAUGACGAGGAGGAGAAGAAUGAGCCGAAGGGAAAAUCGGCGAUUUUUUCGAUGGCUUAUUCAUCUGCCGCUUAUUACGCCGCUGCUCAACUUCGAUGGUAG